AAAGCAGCAUGUCCACCGGUAGUGCAAAAAAGUCCCGUGAGCCCACGAUGCAGCUGGACCGACUUCGCGAGCGGCUGAGAGCCGUGGCCUUCGGGGCCCUGCUUCUUCUUGUCCCGGGCCAGGGCCAGGACUCUGCCUGCCCCGUGCGGACCACGCACACGGUCCAGGUGCAGGGGAGCCUCGUCCAUGGGAAGAACACUGAUGUGGCGAUCCACACCUUCUUGGGAAUCCCCUUCGCCAAGCCACCUCUAGGACUGUAGCGGUUUGCGCCCCCGGAGCCCCCGGAAUCUUGGAGUGGUAUAAAGGAUGGGACCUCCCACCCAGCCAAGUGUCUGCAGGACUUCACUAGCAUGAAAGGAAUGACUCUGAAACUACUGAAUGUGACCCUGCCUUCUAACUCCAUGUCUGAAGACCGCGGGUACCUCAACAUCUACACACCUGCCCGUUCCCAUGAGGGCUCUAGCCUGCCUGUGAUGGUGUGGAUCCAUGGUGGUGGAUUUGUCGUGGGUCUGGCUUCCAUGUAUGACGGCUCUGCUCUGGCGGCCUUCGAGGACGUGGUGGUGGUCGUCAUCCAGUACCGCCUGGGUUUGCUGGGCUUCUUCAGCACUGGAGACAAACACGCAACUGGCAACUGGGGCUACCUGGAUCAAGUGGCCGCACUAUGCUGGGUCCAGCAGCAUAUCGUCUACUUUGGAGGCGACCCUGACCACGUCACCAUUUUUGGCGAGUCUGCGGGUGGCGUAAGCGUGUCUUUGCAUGUUGUGUCCCCCAUGCCCGAAGGACUCUUCCACCGUGCCAUCGUGGAGAGUGACGUGGCCCUGCUGCCCAGCUUCACCGCCAGCUCAUCUGACGUGGUCUCCACUGUGGUGGCCAACCUGUCUGCCUGUGGCCAGGUUGACGCAGAGGCCCUGGUGGACUGCCCGCGGCGCAGCAGUGAAGAGGGGAUUCUGGCCAUCAACAAGCCCUUCAGCAUCAUCCCUGGCCUGGUGGAUGGGAUCUUCCUGCCCAAGCACCCCCAGGAGCUGCCGGCCUCUGCCGACUUGCACCCCGUCCCCAGCAUCAUUGGUGUAAACAACGAUGAGUACAGUUGGAUCAUCCCCUCGGUCAUGAACAAUUCUGACACCCAGAAGGAAAUGGACAGAGAGACCGUAAAGGAUGGCUUGCAGAAAAGAUCAACAAUGAUGGUGAGUUUGAUGCGGCCUGAGUUUGUUGACCUGUUGAUGGAGGAGUACACAGCGGGCAGUGAGGACUUCCAGACCCUCCGAAUCCAGUUCCAUGAGAUCACAGGGGACUGCAUCUUUGUGAUCCCUGCACUCCAAGAAGCAAAGUUGCAGUGUUUCUACGCCCCUGUCUACUUCUACGUCAGGCCGAGCUAUGUGAGGGCAGACCAUAGAGAUGAGGUUCACUUCAUCUUCAGAAGUCCCUUCGGGAGCAGCCACAUCCAACUCACUGAGGAGGAGGAGCUGCUGAGCAGGAAGAUGAUGAAGUAUUGGGCCAACUUUGCUCGAAAUGGGAACCCCAACGGCGAGGGUCUGCCCCACUGGCCGCCCCACUGGCCUGCGCUGAACACUCAGCCUGCAGUGGGCCGAGCCCUGAAGGUCCGCAGGCUCCAGUUCUGGACCAAGACCCUACCCCAGAAGAUACGGGAGCUAAUGGAGGCCAAGGAGAAGCACACAGAACUGUAGCUGCCUGCGUCUGGGGGGAGGGGGCUGGAGGGGAGGGCU